AGUUAAUCUGGAGUCCAUCCCUCCCUGAGUCAGCAUCAGGUUUUCUUCCUCCCAGGUCACAUGUGAGGAAUCCACUGUAAAAAGUUUGAACCUUGGGUUUCUGGCUCUGGAUGUCGGGUUGUUUCUGUUGGUGAGGAUCAAAGCAGAAACCAGCAAUGUCUUCCUUCUCCUAUCAACCUUCAGCAGCUUUCUGCUGAAGGCUCAUUUCAGCUGUGUGAAACCAGACCUUCAUCAGGUCCGGAUCUCUUUUUACAGCGUUGAUCAGCAGGCUUGGCUUGUGCUAAACAAGUGAAAGUAAAAGUAAAUCCGUCUGUAAAGCUGUGACACAGCAGGACACACAGCCAGCAGCAGCUUUGUUUCAGGCUCUCGACCUUCUGCCUAACAUGCUUCACACUUUGAACCCCUGUCAGAAGCAGGAUGGAGGCUUCUGCUUCGAGAACAGCCGCAGGAAUGCAGUUCUGGAGUCCAGUUUGUUGGAGGGGAACUACAAAGCCCCCAGUGCCAGGAAGACGGGGACCACCAUCGCUGGGAUGGUUUAUAAGGAUGGAGUGGUUCUAGGAGCGGACACCAGAGCUACCGACGACAUGGUGGUGGCUGAUAAAAACUGCAUCAAGAUUCAUUACAUCGCUCCAAAGAUCUACUGCUGUGGAGCCGGCGUGGCUGCGGAUGCGGAGAUGGCCACGCAGAUCAUGGCGUCCAAUGUGGAGCUGCACAUGCUCAACACCGGCCGCCCCCCCAUGGUUGCCAUGGUGACCAGACAGCUGAAGCAAAUGCUGUUCAGGUACCAGGGACACAUGGGUUCAUCCGUGAUUGUUGGAGGAGUUGAUGUGACUGGAGCUCACCUGUACAGCGUCUAUCCCCAUGGCUCCUAUGAUAAACUACCUUUCCUGACCAUGGGCUCAGGAGCUGCUGCUGCCGUUUCCGUGUUUGAGGACAGAUUCAAACCCAAUAUGGAGGUACGGCUGACCUGCUGUUAUCUUCUAAAACCGACCUGA